AUGGAAAAUACAAGCGAAUAAUUAUUAAAUAAAAAAAUUGAUUUAAAUAUUUAUAAUUAUAUAUUCUAAUAUGUUUAUUUUUUAGUUUAUUAUUAGUAAAGUUAUUCCAAAGCAUAUUAUGAGUUAAAAAAAAUGUAAAAAAAAUUACAAACUUUUCAUUUUUAAAUAAUUAUUAAUUGCUUUUGUUAUGCUAUUUAAUUAGAAAUUGUCAAAGAUUAAGAAAAGCUUAAAUUCUCCCCAAAAUUUGAAGAUAAAUAAAAAAUUUAAUAAAUUGUUUAAUAUUCCAAAAUAAUUAAUAUAGAGGAUAUUGUGGAAGAAGUUUUAACUUAAAUAUGUAACAUAUUUACAUAGAAGAUUAUUAUUAUGGAAAAUCUAAUUAAAGGUUAUAAUAAUUACGAUGAUUUUAAAAAAGAAUUAAUACAAUUACUUAUUGAUAUUGAAAAGUUAGAAAAUAAACUGAACAAAUAAUAUUCUUAUAAUUUAGAUAAUAUUUAUCUGAUCAAAUGUAUGAUUAUUGUAAGAAAUAUUUUAUUAAAUGAUGUUAUUUAGUUUAAUUUAUAUAAUAAAAUUUUAAGUGAAAAAAUAUAAAAUGAAAGGUAGAAUGAUACUGAAAAGAUAAGUGUUAUUAAUUAAAUAUAAGGAAGAUGUAUUACAAUAAUUAUAAAAUACAAUAAUUAUUAAAAUUAAAUAAUCAAUUAUACAAAAAGAGCAUCUUCUUUUUUUGGAUAUGACUAGGAUGAAUUUAAAUUAAAAAAAUCAGUUAAUUUAUUAAUGCCUGCUAUAAUUUCAGCUAAUCAUGAUACAAUAAUUUCUACUUUUGUAAAAGGUUUAUAAAAACCAAAAUUAAUAAAAAGAUAUAGAAAUACAUUUGCAUUAAAUAAAGAAAAAUUUAUAUUUCCAAUAAGGAUUUUUAUUGAUUAUUUUUUUAAUUACGGAAGUGAAGAAUUAAUGUUUUCAGGAAUAAUAUUGAAAUAAGAAAAAAAAGAAUAAUAUAUAAUAUUAAACAAAGGAGGAGGUUGGAUAGAAGGAAUAACUAAAUAAUUUUAUGAAUUUCUAGAAGAUUAAAUAUGGGAAAAAUAAAUAGAUAUAAACAUGUUUAAUUAAUUAAAUAUACAGUUCUUUAACGAAGAUAUAUUUGAUGAUAUUAAAACUUAUAAGGAAUUAAUAAUAACAUAAUUUGUAGUUCCGAUAAGUAAAAAUAAUAUAUAUAUAUUAAAAAUAUGUUAUAUAAUUAAAAUUACCCAUAGCUAUAAAUAAUCAAACUAAAACAAAAUUGCUUUCAUAAAUCAUUAAGAUAUUUAUUUAAUUUUAUUGAAAGAAUAAUUAUACCGUUCCUAUUAUACUGAUUAAACUGUAAAAUUUAUUGACAUUGAACUUUUUAUAGAAAAAAACGAUUUAAAUUACCUAAAAAAUGGAAAAUUAGUUUACCAAGAAUAUUAUAUUAUUGAAAUUGUUAAAUUUUCUUUAAAUAAAAACAUAAAAACAACAUUAAACAGUAAAAUAAAAGACAUAAUAAAUAAAGAAGAAAAAUAAACCCAAAUAUAGCCUAAAGGUACUAAAUUUGCUUAUUUAAUGAAAUAAGCUACUGAAAAUUAAUUAAAUAUUGAUGAAAUUUAAUAACAAAAAAUAAAAUAAAACACAAAUUCAUCUACUGUUAUAUAAGCUUUGAGAAAAUCUAUAAAAUAAAUUUAAGAAAAGGAGAUUUAAAAUUAAUGUUAUAUAUAAAAUUAAAAUAUAUGUUUAACUUAUUAAUAAAAUAAAAACUAAUAAUAAGAAUAAUAAAAAUAAGUAGGUGAAGGUGAAGGUGAAGGUGAAGAAAAAAAAUAAAAUAAAUUGAGAUCAAAUUCUUUUUUCAAAAAAGCAAAUACGGAAAUACUAAAGAAUUAACUUAAAAGAAAUAAAUCAGUAGAAAAUAAUUUAUUAUAUAGUCCAAAAACAAACAAUAAAACAUUAUCUUUAUAUUUAGGAGUAUAACAAAAAAAUACUAAUAAAAAAAUAGAAUAUAUUGAAUAAUAAUAAUAAUAAUAAUAAUAAUAAUAAUAAUAAUAAUAAUAAUAAUAAUAAUAACAAGAUGAAAUACAAGAAAAAUAAUAAGAAUAAAGAAAAGAUGAAAAUUAAAAAGAAUAAUCAAAUUCCUCAUUUAUAUAAAAUAACAUUAAUUAAGAAUAAAUAUCAUCAUUUGCUUAAAAAAUCUACGAACUUGUCUAAAACCAAGAAGAUGAAGACGACUAACUAUACGAAGAAGAAGAUGAAGAGGAUACAAAUCUUAUAAAAACUUCCACUUAAAAUAAAUUAAGUAUAUCUAUUCAUGACGUUUCUUUAACCACGCGAAUUUUACUAUAAGAAAAUAUUCUUUAUUAGAUAAAAUAAAACAAUUACAUCGGUACAUCAGAACUAUCUACAGCUGGUCGUAAAAAUUAAAUCUAAAUAAUAUCUGAAAAAAUAAAUGUCACAAAUAAUAUAAAAAUAAUAAAUAAAAUCGCCAACAAUAACAUAAACUAAUAAGGUAAUGUAAACAGAUAUAUUUCAAUAUGUUUUUAUACUAAAAUAUUGUCUUUUGUUAUUUAUUAUUGUAUAAUGUUGCCUAUUUUAUUUUCUGGGUUUAAUAAUUAAAAAAACGUGUUGUAUUUAAUGUGGUUUUCUUCUAAAAUUUUAAUCCCUGUGAGUUAAUAAAUAUAAAAUAUUCAUUUUUAAAUAUAGUAAAAUAAUAAUAAUAUUUAAUAUUCUUAAUUUCUUAAAAAUAUUUCUUAGAAAGCUUAUUAAAAAUACUAUUUAGCCUAUAAUUCAUUUUUUUAGGAAGAAGCAAAUUAUAAUUUUUAAAAUUAACUUAAAAAUUUAUAAACAGAUAGAAUAGUCAAUACCUUUUAAUAACUUCAAAGUACCUUUUUAUAAUUUUAAUUCUCUUUUUUGAAUUAUUUGAGGUUAUUAUUAACUUAUUUUUAUGAUUUGUAGAAUUUUAAUUAAUUAAAUUUAUAAGACUAUCCCAAUAAAUUAAUUUAUUAAAUUAUUGACCUUUCUAAAGGACUAACAGUAUUAAAUUAGGAAAUAGAAUAAGCUAUUGAUUCUGAUAUUUAGAAUAUAAAUAUGGAUAAUUUGAUUAUUUUUGGAAUCUUUUCUGUAAUUUCGAUUAUUUUAUUUUUAAUUCUUAUUUUAAAAAUUCGAAAAAAUGCUUAAAAAGAAGAAAAAUUACUUAUGUUGAUUUCCCAUAUUACUGAAAAAGAAGCCCUAAACGAAAUCGAAAUCAGCAAAUUAGCAAUUUAACUAUUAAAAUCAUAAGAAGAAGAGUACUUAUUUUCUGAUUAGGCCAGAAUAAAGAAAUAAAUAAAUGAAUAAGACAAAAAUACAUGCAUUUUCAGUAUAAACUAAAGUUAAAAAAAGAAAAAUAUAUAUCUUAGUGAUAGAACUACUUACUAAAAUAUUAAUUUUUAAACAUAAAGUUAUUUUGUAAUUUUAUUAUAUCUUUAUAAUAAAAAUUAUUAUAAAAAUAAGGGAUAUUUUUUAUUAUUUUAAUUUAUUGAUUCCUAUUAAACAUUAAUUAAUUUAAACUUCAAAUAUUUAAAAGGUGUAAAUGAAUAUAGUGAUGUAAUAACAUUUUAAUAAGUUAUAUUAAGUAAUAAAAUAAACUAAAACAAUUUAUAUUCUGCCAAAGAGUUUUCUUAAAUAAAUGCUUUUUAUUAAGAAAAAAAAUAAUCUUCAUUUUCUUAUUUUUCUGAAUCUUUAUAAUAUAUUAUCGAUACUUAAAUAAAAGAUGAAUACUAUAUCUCAUAAGCCUAAUAAUUAAUAAAUAAAAGAGGAAAUUGUGACAAUAGUUAAUUGUUUGACGACUUAGAAAGAUAAGUAUGUAAAUCUUCAUUGGACGGACUUAUAAAUAUAGGUUUUUAAAAUAGCAUAUCUACUAUUUUAUAAGAAAUAAAUUUGAGAGAUUACGAAUAGUUUACUUUAGGUGACAUUUAAUUAUUAGUUUAGGAUUAAAUUUUUUUCGAAGAAAAUUAAGUGUCUUUAUUACAUUUUAAUAUAAUAGAAAAUAUAAGAAAUAUUUUAAAUUAAUAUACAAAUUUAUACAUAUCAUAAAAUUUAUCUGAUAUAGGAAAUUUCUAUAUUGCACUUGGAGUUUUAUAUUUAUUAUUUUUUGAAUUUGUUCAUAUUUAUAUGCAAAUCAAAUACUUUAAUAAAUUUAAAUACUUAUAAAGAGGUUUAUUAUUAAUACCUUUUGAAAGAGCUUCUGAAGAUGCUAAUAUUAUUAAUAUGAUAAAAAUUUCAUUAGAUAUAAAAAUAUGA